GAGUGAAAAGAUGUAAUUCACAUCCGCGUAAAGGAGACUUAUCAUCCACCUUCAAGGAACUGGAGAAAAAAGCUCAUAUGUUUCUGAAGGAUGAACUGAUGAAAUUCAAAAGGUACCUGGAUCAGAAUGACCCAGAAUGCUCUGAGCCUCCGCUGGAGGAGGACAGUGACCUGGACAGUGAUGGUCAGAUGCAGAAGACCUGUGGUAGAGAGGGAGCACUGAAGAUCACACUGUACCUCCUGAGGACCAUGGAGCAAAAUGAUCUGGCUGACAUGCUGGAGAAGAGGCAACUUCUGUCACAAUGUCAGCACAGAAUCAAAUGUAACCUAAAGAAGAAAUUUGAGUGUGUAUUUGAAGGGAAAGCCAAGGAAGGACAGCCAACACUUCUCAAAGAGAUUUACACAGAACUCUACAUGACUAAAGGGGGAACUGGAGGAGUCAAUGAUGAACAUGAAGUGAGACAGAUUGAAACAGCAUCCAAGAAAAGGCGAACAGAAGAUGCUGCAAUCAAGUGCAAUGAUAUAUCUAAACCCUUAAGUGGGCGUGAGACACCUAUCAGAACUGUACUCACUAAAGGGGUCGCAGGUCUCGGGAAAACAGUCUCUGUGCAGAAAGUUAUUCUUGACUGGGCAGAAGGAGAAGCAAACCAGGACAUUCACUUCAUAUUUGCUCUUCCUUUCCGGGACCUGAAUUUGAUUAAGGAUGAAUACAGUCUAAUUGAUCUGCUUCACCACUUUGUCCCAGAACUGAAAUCGCUUGAAUCCACUGAGCUGUACAGGUACAAAGUUAUGUUGAUUUUUGACGGCCUGGAUGAGUGUCGCCUUCCUCUAGAUUUUCAGAACAAUGAGAGCUGCUUUGAUGUAACAAAGAAAACAUCGCUGGAUGUGCUGUUGACUAACCUCAUUAAGGGGAAUCUGCUUCCAUCCGCUCUCCUCUGGAUAACCUCCCGGCCUGCAGCAGCGAAUCAGAUACCUCCUGAGUACAUCCACUGGGUAACAGAGAUUCGAGGGUUCAGUGAUGCCCAGAAGGAGGAGUAUUUCAGAAGGAGAUUUAAUGAUCAGAGCCUGGUUAGCAGGAUUAUCACACAUGUGAAAUCAUCAAGAAGCCUCUUCAUCAUGUGCCACAUACCUGUGUUCUGCUGGAUUUCAGCCACUGUUCUUGAGAGGCUUUUUAGUGAGGCUGACAGGGGAGAAAUUCCAAGGACUCUGACUGAAAUGUACACACACUUCCUGAUCUUUCAGGCAAGUUUAAAAAAUGACAAGUAUCUGAAAAAAGGUGAAAUCAAGCUUAAAUGCGUUGAAUCUGAUAAGGAAUUCCUUUUAAAACUUGGUAAACUGGCUUAUCAUAACCUUGAGAAAGGCAAUCUCGUAUUUUAUAAGCAGGAUCUGACAGAGAAUGGCAUUGAUGUCACAGAGGCUUCAGUUAACUCUGGAGUUUGCACAGAAGUCUUUAAGGAGGAGUAUGGGUUGUACCAGGAGAAGGUGUACUGCUUUGUGCAUCUGAGCAUUCAGGAGUAUCUUGCUGCUUUAUACAUGUUUUUAUCAAACUCAUCGGCUGACCUGCUGAAGACUGCAGUGGAUGAGGCAUUAAAAAGCAAGAAUGGACACUUGGACCUCUACCUCCGCUUCCUCCUGGGCCUUUCAACAGACUCCAGUAUGAGUCUGUUACAAAGGCUGCUGGGCCAGACCAGAAACAGUCCACAUAACAUGAAGGAAACAACCCAAUACAUCAAAGAGAAAAUACAGGAGAAUUUAUCUCCAGAAAGGACCAUCAACCUGUUCCACUGUCUGAAUGAACUGGGUGACAUUUCUCUAAUAGAAGAAGUACAAAGAUACCUGAGUUCAGGAAGUCUUUCAGCAGCAGACCUCUCACCUGCACAGUGGUCAGCUCUGGCCUUUGUGUUUCUGAUGUCAGAUAUGGAGCUGGAUGUGUUUGAUCUGAAGAAAUACAUCAGAUCAGAUGAAGGUCUUCAGAGGCUGCUGCCUGUGAUGAAGAAAUCUAGGACAGCUCUGCUGGACAGCUGUAGACUCACAGAGACAUGCUGUGAAGUGUUGGCUUCAGCUCUCAGAUCAAACUCCUCUCAGCUGACAGAGCUGGACCUGAGUGACAAUGACCUGCAAGAUUCAGGGGUGAAGCUGCUCUCUGCUGGACUGGGGGAUUCACACUGUACACUGGAGAUACUGAGGUUGUCAGGCUGUAGAGUCACAGAAGAAGGCUGUUCUUACCUGGCUUCAGCUCUGAGGUCAAACCCCUCACAGCUGAGAGGGCUGGACCUGAGUAACAAUAACCUGCAAGAUUCAGGGGUGAAGCUGCUCUCUGCUGGAUUGGGGGAUUCACACUGUACACUGGAGAUACUGAGGUUGUCAGGCUGUAGAGUCACAGAAGAAGGCUGUUCUUCCCUGGCUUCAGCUCUGAGGUCAAACCCCUCACAUCUGAGAGAGCUGGACCUGAGUGACAAUGACCUGCAGGAUUCAGGGGUGAAGCUGCUCUCUGCUGGACUGGGGGAUUCACACUGUGCACUGGAAAUACUGAGUGUGGACCACAGUGGAAAGUGCAGGACAACACUAGGGAUCCAGAAAUACUCCUGCCAGCUGACGCUGGACCCCAACACAGCACACGGCCGCCUGUCUCUGUCAGAGGGGAACAGGAAGGUGACAUGGGGGGCAUGGCAGGCAUAUCCUGAUCAUCCAGAGAGAUUUUACAGCGGGGUGCCCCAGGUGCUGUGCAGAGUGAGUCUGACUGGUCGCUGUUACUGGGAGGCUGAUUGGAGCGGAGAUGGAGUGCUGAUAGGAGUGACUUAUAAAGGAAUCGGGAGGAAAGGAGUGAGUGCUGACUGUGUGCUUGGAGCCAAUGACAAGUCAUGGAGUCUGAGCUGCUCUUCUGACAGUUACUCUGUCUGUCACAAUAAUAAACGGACUGUCAUACCCAUAGAGCCCUCAGGCUCCCGCAGAGUAGGAGUGUAUCUGGACUGGGCGGCUGGUACUCUGUCCUUCUACAGAGUCUCCUCUGAUGGACUGACCCUCCUGUGCAGCUUCACCUCCUCAUUCACUGAACCCCUCUGCCCAGGGUUUGGGAUUUAUACAAACUGCUCAGUGUCCCUGUGCAUGUUGGGAUAGCUCACUAUGUGCUGGAGGAAUAAUUUUCUCCUUAUCAGAGUGUCACAUGUCGCAGCUUCUCAAUGGCAAAAAGGUAAAAUCUCUGCCUUUUAAACAGUAUAACCAUUUUUACUCUGAAGUGUGAUGUAUGGUAGACAAACAAAUGACUGGGUUUGGAAAGUGGAGCAAAUACGAGAAAUGACAGUUUUUCCUCUGAUUUAUGUUCUAUGUUGUCUGUGAAUGUAUGCACCAGUUCUGCCAGAACAUAUUCAUAGUACAUGCAGUUGUACCAAUAAAUUGAAUUCUGGUUCUGAAUAAAAUGUAAUCCGAUGUAACCCUGAUG